CCGAGGUCAAAGGGUAUACAUCAGAACACGUCGGAAGGAAAGUCAAAGACGAUAUAAUAAAAUAUAUUUAGGGUAAUCAGGUACUCUAAAGUCCUGCCAUUGACUGCAUUGUCGUUGUUGCCGCACGAGCAGGACAAUAUGAAUCCGCUCAGUUCAGAGAAGGAAACAUUGAUGGAUGAAAUCGAAAAGAGUUUAUGGAAUUUAACCGAGGACAAUUUACGCUACAUGUGUGAACGUUGUGGAAUGGAUGGCUCUGAAAUUAAAGGGAUGAAUCAUCGCUUAUUAAGGCGUAAAGUCAUGGAGGAAAUGUGGGACAAUACGGAGUCAAUGAAAUCAGAGGAGCAGGGAAUGUCUUGGUUAGUCCAACUUAAAGACGACAUCAGGAGGAUACUGGAGGAUGGUAGCAGUGCACUCAUGAGUCCCAGCCAAGCCGAUGAUGAUGUAGACUGCAAUGAAGAACACAAGGGAGACGGGGACUGGUUGCCUAGCAACGGACUGACAGCGGAGCCCUUGCAUCCCAGCCAAUGUGAUGAUGAUGAUGACUGCGACGAAGAGGGAGGAGCUGGGUUGCCUUGCAAUGGACUGGAGGCAGAGUCAGCUCCAGAGAGGAACAGUUACGACAAGCCUCCACCUCCACCCUCCCCUCUCCCAGAGUCCCCAGGUCGUGCCUCUCCCGGCAGGGCCUUGUUGUGCGGUCUGAAGAGGGUGUCUGUACGACUCGACGACUGCAGGAAGACACCAGGGCAGAGUAGCCAUAUAAUACACAAGACAACACAGACAGGAGAGAAACCCCACAGCUCGUCUAAUGCUGAACAUAUCUGUGAUCACUGUGGGAAGAAUUUUGUCACAGCUACCAAUCUAAAAACACAUUUACUGUGUCUGACUGGAGAGAAACCACACAUGUGCUCUGAAUGUGGAAAGAGAUUCACGCAGGCCGGCAAUCUUAAGAGACACCAGAGAACUCAUACUGGGGAGAAACCGUUUGUUUGUCCUCGUUGUGGGAAAGACUACAAUGAUUCUGGAAACUUAAAGAAACACAUGAGAUCUCAUGUUGUUAAACAACACACAGGGAACCCCACAGUGAAACCGUACCUCUGCUCUGAAUGUGGGAAGCAAUUCUUUGGAAAACAAAGCCUUGAAUAUCACCGGGAGGUUUUUCACACAGAUCACCCUCACCGCUGUGGUCAAUGUAAGAAGAGCUUCAUAACUGCAGCAAGACUGGAAUCACACACAAAAACACGACACCCGCCAACUGAUCCUCUGAAGAAUCCACACGUGUGCUUGGAAUGUGGAAGGGGAUUCCCUGUGGCCGCAAGUCUUAAAAGACACCUGAGAAUUCAUUCUGAGGAGAAACCGUACGUUUGCCCUCAGUGUGGAAACGGUUACAGUGAUCGUGGAAAUUUAAAGAAACACAUCAGAACUCACACAGAAGAGAAACCCUACCACUGCGUGGUGUGCGGGAUGAAGUUUCGUCAUACAAAAACGUUACAACGGCAUCACCAGGAGAACCACAAGGGGGAGACACUGGGUCCCAUCCAAAGGCAUCAAGACCCUCUUCCAUGCCCCCACUGCGGGGAGAAGUUCUCUACCAAGGCUCUUCUAAAGGAUCAUCUACGGACCCACCCUACCCGGGUCCACUGCUCCCAGUGUGACAAGACCUUUUCCAAUAAAGGUAACUUACUUGUUCAUCAGAGGAAACACACUGGAGAGAGGCCUUACCUUUGCCCUCAGUGUGGGAAGAGUUUCUCUCUGGCAGGGAGUUUAAAACUUCAUCUCCGGAUUCAUGCCGGUGAGAAACCUUACUGCUGUACUUACUGUGACAAGAGAUUCACAAGGAAGGGCCACUGCAAUAGCCACAUGCGAAUCCACACAGGAGAGAAGCCGUACCAAUGCUCUGACUGCGGGAGGAGGUUUGCUGACGGUAAUGUCCUGAAAAACCACCGGCGGACCCACACAGGAGAGAAACCGUUCCAGUGCCGCAUGUGCGAUAAAGCCUUUGCCCAGUUGACCAGUCUGAAGAAACAUCAGGAGACACACAGCCAUAAUCACACUGUGCGAUACAAAAUGAGUUCAGAGAGGGAAACGUUGAUGGAUGAAAUCGAAAAGAGUUUAUGGAAUUUAACUGAGGACAAUUUACGCUACAUGUGUGAACGUUGUGGAAUGGAUGGCUCUGAAAUUAAAGGUAUGAAUCAUCGCUUAUUAAGGCGUAAAGUCAUGGAGGAAAUGUGGGACAAUACGGAGUCAAUGAAAUCAGAGGAGCAGGGAAUGUCUUGGUUAGUCCGACUUAAAGACGACAUCAGGAGGAUACUGGAGGAUGGUAGCAGUGCACUCAUGAGUCCCAGCCAAACCGAUGAUGAUGUAGACUGUGACGAAGAAUGGAACGAAGAGGGAGGAGCUAGGUUGCCUAGUAACAGACUGGAGGCGAAAUCUGAUCUAGAGAGGCACACACCAGAGCAGAGGGAGAGUGAUGUGACUACUUCCCAGUCAGAAAGUGUUUUUCUCAAACCACACUUGUGCACUACAUGCGGUAAGGGAUUCCAUCAGGCUGGCUGUCUUAAGAGACACCUGAGAACUCAUACGGGGGAGAAACCGUUCGUCUGCCCUCGUUGUGGGAGGGCUUGGAGUGAUUCUGGAAACUUAAAGAGACACAUGAGAAAAACUCACCCAGGAAAGGAGAUGGUUGUUAAGAUGCUCAACACACAGAGGAGUGACCCUACAGGAAGUAGGGAGGAAAUGAAUGUGGAUUCAAUUAAAUCGGAGGAGCAGGGAACGUCUUGGUCACUCCAGCUGAAACAGGAGGAUGCUUGUGGUGCCCCUGUGAGUCUCAGCCAGGCUCAUGCUGAUGAUGUAGACUGCAACGUUGAGGACAGAGAUUGGUUGCCUAGCAUCGGACUGAAGGCGGAGCCCAUGAGUCCCAGCCAAUCCGACGAUGACGCUGCAGACCGCAAAGAAGAAUGGAACGAAGCGGGAGGUGCUACGUUGCCUAGCAACGGACUGGAGGCGGAGUCAGCUCAAGAGAGCCACAGUUGCGACAAGCCUCUCUGGCCCUCUUCCACCCUCCCAGAGUCCCCGGGGCGUGCCUCUCCCGGUAGCGCCUUAUUGUGCGGUCUGAAGAGGGUGUCUGUGCGGCUUGUCGACUGCAGGAAGACCCCGGGGCAGAGUGGCCUUAAAAUACACAAGGCAACACAGACAGGAGAGAAAUCCCACAGCUCGUCUAAUGCUGAACAACACAAAACCCUCUCAGGAAACAGGCCUAGAUCCCAUAUCUGUGAUCACUGUGGGAAGAAUUUUACCACAGCAACCAAUCUGAAAAGACACUUACUGUAUCUGUCUGGAGAGAAACCAUACAUGUGCUCUGAAUGCGGAAAGAGAUUCACACAGGCCGGCAGUCUUAAGACACACCAGAGAACUCAUACGGGGGAGAAACCGUACAUCUGCACUCGUUGUGGGAAGGCUUGGAGUGAUUAUGGAAACUUAAAGAGACACAUGAGAAGGCAUACUGUUAAACAACACACAGUGAAACCUCACCACUGCUCGGAUUGUGGGAAACAAUUCAUUGUAAAAUCAAGCCUGAAACAUCACCGGCUAGUUUUUCACACAGAUCACCCUCACCGUUGUGGUCAAUGUAAGAAGAGCUUCAUAACUGCAGAAAGACUGGAAUCACACAUGAAAACACAACACCCGCCAAGUGAUCCUCUGAAGAACCCACAUGUGUGCUCUGAAUGUGGAAAGGGAUUCCAUCAGGCCGGCUGUCUUAAGAGACACCUGAGAACUCAUACGGGAGAGAAACCGUUCGUCUGCCCUCAUUGUGGGAGGGCUUGGAGUGAUUCUGGAAACUUAAAGAGACACAUGAGAAAAACUCACCCAGGAGAAGAGAUGGUUGUUAAGAGGCUCGACACUCAGAGGAGUGACCCUACAGGAAGUAGGGAGGAAAUGAAUGUGGAUUCAAUUAAAUCGGAGGAGCAGGGAAUGUCUCGGUCACUCCAGCUGAAAGAGGACAUCAGAAGGAUACUGGUGGAUGCUAGCGGUGCACCAAUGAGUCCCAACCAAGCCGAUGAUUAUUCUGAAGACUGUGACGAGGGAGGAAGAACUAGGUUGUCUAGCAACAGACUGGAGGCGAAAUCUGAUCUAGAGAGGCACACACCAGAGCAGAGGGAGAGUGAUGUGACUACUUCCCAGUCAGAAAGUGUUUUUCUCAAACCACACUUGUGCACUACAUGCGGUAAGGGAUUCAAAAAGGCCGGCUGUCUUAAGAGACACCAGAGAACUCAUACGGGGGAGAAACCGUUCGUCUGCCCUCGUUGUGGGAGGGCUUGGAGUGAUUCUGGAAACUUAAAGAGACACAUGAGAAAAACUCACCCAGGAAAGGAGAUGGUUGUUAAGAUGCUCGACACUCAGAGGAGUGACCCUACAGGAAGUAGGAAGGAAAUUAAUGUGGAUUCAAUUAAAUCGGAGGAGCAGGGAACAUCUUGGUCACUCCAGCUGAAAGAGGAGGAUGCUUGUGGUGCACCUGUGAGUCUCAGCCAGGCUCAUGCUGAUGAUGUAGACUGCAACGUUGAGGACAGAGAUUGGUUGCCUAGCAUCGGACUGAAGGCGGAGCCCAUGAGUCCCAGCCAAUCCGAUGAUGACGUUGCAGACCGCAAAGAAGAAUGUAACGAAACGGGAGGUGCCCUUCAUUGUGGGAAGGCUUGGAGUUAUUAAAGAGACACAUGAAAAGAGCUCACCCACCACACAAUCAGCAUGUCCCUUAUCCCUACCCACCACACAAUCAGCAUGUCCCUUAUCCCUACCCACCACACAAUCAGCAUGUCCCUUAUCCCUACCCACAAUCAGCAUGUCCCUUAUCCCUACCCACCCCACAAUCAGCAUGUCCCUUAUCCCUACCCACCACACAAUCAGCAUGUCCCUUAUCCCUACCCACAAUCAGCAUGUCCCUUAUCCCUACACACCACACAAUCAGCAUGUCCCUUAUCCCACCACACAAUCAGCAUGUCCCUUAUCCCUACCCACCACACAAUCAGCAUGUCCCUUAUCCCUACCCACCACACAAUCAGCAUGUCCCUUAUCCCUACCCACCACACAAUCAGCAUGUCCCUUAUCCCACCACACAAUCAGCAUGUCCCUUAUCCCACCACACAAUCAGCAUGUCCCUUAUCCCUUCCCACCACACAAUCAGCAUGUCCCUUAUCCCUACCCACCACACAAUCAGCAUGUCCCUUAUCCCUACCCACCACACAAUCAGCAUGUCCCUUAUCCCUACCCACCACACAAUCAGCAUGUCCCUUAUCCCACCACACAAUCAGCAUGUCCCUUAUCCCUUCCCACCACACAAUCAGCAUGUCCCUUAUCCCACCACACAAUCGGUAUGUCCCUUAUCCCUACCCACAAUCAGCAUGUCCCUUAUCCCACCACACAAUCAGCAUGUCCCUUAUCCCUACCCACCACACAAUCAGCAUGUCCCUUAUCCCUACCCACCACACAAUCAGCAUGUCCCUUAUCCCACCACACAAUCAGCAUGUCCCUUAUCCCUUCCCAC